AUGCGAAAUCUGCGACAUGGCCUCGCUACCAGCUCAUCAUGGUCAAGGACAACACACUGGAUAAUUCCAACCCGCAACUUCUCCAAUUCCCAACCAAAACAUGACUUCUCCCCCUUCACCCGCCGACUCUACAAGCUCCCCACAGCACCCACUCCAACCACCCAGCACAACAACCUACCCACCUUCCUCUCCUACGCCUCACGCAUCUCCCUCCCAACAACAAGCACAGUCUACGUAGGAACCCACUACGAAUACACCGUCCAAAACAGCCUACGCCGAUACGCACUAAGUCUACACCGCGUCGGAGGCCGCGACGAUGCCGGCAUAGACCUAGUCGGCACCUGGCAUCUGCCGGAGCGGGAGCGGGAACGCGCAGUCCGCGUGCUGGUGCAAUGCAAAGCACUAAAGACAAAACUGGGUCCGAACCUGGUGCGCGAGCUCGAGGGCGCACUCCGCCAGGCACCUGUUGGAUGGCGCACGGGCCAGACGGCCGGCGUGUUGGUGAGUCCGCGCGAGGCAACCAAGGGGGUGCGGGAUACUCUUGCGCGGAGCUCGUACCCGCUCUUUUGGCUCCUGGUUGAGCGGGAUGGGGUGGUUAAACAGGUGCUUUGGAAUUCGAGAGCUGGGGAGGUGUUGGGCUUGGACCCUUUGGCUGUGGAGAAUAGGUAUGGUACGACGCUGGCGGAGGAUGGAUGUAUCACUUCGCAGGUGGCGCUGACCUGGGAUGGAUGUGAUGUCCCGGAUUUGGAGCGGGUGGAGGUGGAUCUUGCUCGUUCCGAGCGGGAAUGGGUUGCGUCUUGGGGGGUGGAAUUGUCCGAGGUUGGGAAGGAUGAGCUAUUGGAUGUUGUCGAGAAGACCUUCCCCGAUGGUCGUCCGGAGGUGGGUGCUGAUGGUAAGGUUGCUGAAGAGCAUCGGGCGAGGGUAAUUCAGGCUUUACAGAGGCAUUGA